AUGGCAAACAAUGAUAACGUGGAUGACGGCAUAAAUGCGAGUGCUUGUGCUGCUUGUGAUCGACCAGACUGGGCAGAUGACAUGGUUCAGUGCGACGAGUGUACCGAGUGGUAUCACUUCAAAUGUGCUGGCGUCACAGCAUCUGUAGAACAUCGUCGUUGGGAGUGCAGCGGUUGCCUUCCCAUUAGUGUGAGCAGCCGAUCUUCCAAAAUUUCAGUACAAAAGGUAUUGGAGCAGAAAAGGUUAGAAGAGGAGCAACGGAUUCGCCGUAAGCGAUUUCAACUGGAGAAAGCGAUCGAGAGGAAGCGGAUCGAUCAGGAGAGAAAUCAAAUAUUAGAAGAGGAAGAACUGGAGAAAACGUUCCUUAAAGAAAAAUAUGAUCUAUUGGAACGGCAGGAGGUACAUGAAACAGAAAGUGUUGUGAGCGAUAACUGUCGUACGACUCAUGAGAAGGUUUCGCAAUGGUUGGAGAAUGACGGACAAGUAGAGCCUAAUACUAGUACACCAAAGGUCGUACAUACGAAGGCAUCUAAUCUGGAAGCCCCCAAUCGAAAUUCUCGUAUGGAAAUGAGCUCAGUUUCAACCUGCUCGAUAAGCGGAGGGACAAAUGCAAAUUCUCUUCCUUCAGAUGCGCUCUCCAGACCGAAUAUAACGUCAGAUUUACCACCGCAACAUUCUAUCAAACGCUCAACCAACCCGAUGCCCCCCGCGCCACCAGCCAGUGCCUUAUCGGAUGCCGCUACCAUUGAGAUUCCACCGUUACCGUUUCGAUAUACACCGUCGCAAGAAGUUGAACUUCCACCAAGGGCAUCACGCCAUGGUGCAAAAAUUAGAAGAGCGCCACCGUUAAAACAAAGCUCGCGCCCGUUGGGUGCAAACAAACAAGUGCCCACUGCAUUGCAACCGGAUUUAAUAAACCAAUUGAGCGCCCUAGAGAUGGGGCCUUCCUCAUCGCAAUUAGCAGCUCGUCGAGUAAUGUCCCGGGACCUUCCGGAUUUCGAUGGCAACCCGGAAGAAUGGCCUAUUUUCAUUAGCCAGUAUAACAUCACCACAGAAAACUGUGGCUUCAGUGAUGCCGAAAAUCUGACUAGAUUACAACGGUCUUUGAAAGGCCACGCACGAGAAUCUGUGCGCAGUCGAUUGUUGUUACCCGCCUCCGUGCCUCAAGUUAUUGAAACCCUUCGACUGCUCUAUGGUAGACCAGCACUGCUCAUAUCCACUUUGUUGAACAGAGUACGCACGAUGGCACCGCCUCAGAUGGAACGUCUUGAAACCUUGAUUGACUUCGGGGUAGAACUUCAGGGGCUCUGCGAUCAUUUGCAAGCUUCCGGUGAAAUUGCACAUUUGAACAAUCCGUCGUUAUUACAGGAGCUGGAAGAUAAAUUACCAACAUCGCUAAAGCUCCAGUGGGGAAUGCAUAAGCAAAAUAGCCCAAAUGUAACCUUACAGACUUUUGCCGAUUACAUGUCACAAAUGGUUACAGCUGCUAGUCAUGUAACCAAGCUAGUUAACUGCUCCAACGAUCGACGUCUGGGUGAUCGUAGAAAUAAUAAAUCGAAGGAGAAAGUGCUACUAAAUACACACAGCUCAUGUGACGGACAAAAGCCAACAACCAGUAUCAUCACGGGUGUAUCAAAGAACUGCGUUCUUUGUAAUCAGUCGGACCAUCGAAUAAAGGACUGUAAACGGUUCCAUGGUCUCACUGUAGAAAAUCGCUGGAAUAAAAUUCAUUCCCUAAAACUUUGUCGUACUUGUCUCAAUUCACAUGGGAGAAAUCGAUGUCGGUUGGCAGUUAAAUGCGGGAUCGACGGUUGUGAAUUCAAGCACCACCCGCUGCUACAUUCGAAGGUUGAGAAUGAAACAAAACCCACUACUGCUGAGAGCCACUCGCAUCGCGAUACUGAGUCAAAAGUUCUUUUCCGGAUAGUCCCUGUAACUCUGCGAAGUAAAUCAGCGACGGUGAACACGUUCGCGUUUUUAGACGAUGGUUCAUCUCUAACGUUGGUAGAGCAGUCAGUCGCCAACGAGUUAGGUGUAACCGGACCAACGGAGCCUCUUUAUUUGAAAUGGACCGGGGAUGUAACACGAUGUGAAUCAGACUCUAAAGAGAUCUCACUUGAAAUAUCGGGAUUGGCUGGCACGAAAUUCUAUGGUAUCCAGUCAGCCAGGACCGUAUCUGAAUUAAAACUGCCGGUGCAAUCUCUAGACCCGUUCAGUCUUGCUCAGCAGUACCCUCACUUGAAAGGGUUGCCGAUUUCUCGCUAUGAAAAUGCAGUGCCACGCGUGCUUAUCGGUUUGGAUCAGGUAAACCUAUCGUUGUCGCUUAAAUGUCGUGAGGGACGGCUGGGAGAGCCAGUGGCCACAAAAACUCGUCUCGGUUGGUGCGUUCAAGGAGGCGGACGCAAUGGCAUUUUGAAGCCUUUAGGUGUCUGCUGUUACGUUUCAGACACUAGAGCAGAUAACGAGCUACGCGACCUGGUCAAAAUGCAUUUCGAGAUAGAUGAUAUUGGCACUAAGCCAUUGAUGGAACUGGAAUCGGUAGACGACACGAGGGCAAAAAAUAUUUUAAGAGACACUACUAAACGCACGGAUGUAAGGUUUGAGACAGGGCUCUUAUGGAGAUAUGAUCAAUUCGAAUUCCCGAAAAGUUAUCACAUGGCUCUUCGCCGGCUGGAGUGCCUAGAGCGGAGAAUGUCUCGAGACCCUGCACUGAAACAAAACGUGCAUCAGCAGAUACAAGAUUAUCAAUCGAAUGGCUAUGCUCAUCGUGCUACAGACGAGGAAUUGGUGGCCGCUGAUCCUCGCAGAUGUUGGUACUUACCACUGGGAAUUGUGACCCAUCCCAAAAAGCCCGGAAAAGUCCGUUUGAUUUGGGACGCCGCGGCCAAGGUAGACGGCAUUUCCUUAAACGCACUUUUGCUGAAAGGGCCAGAUUUGUUGUCAUCUCUGCCAGGAAUUUUGAUUCGGCUCCGCAAAAAACCCAUAGCGAUAAGUGGUGACAUACGCCAAAUGUUUCACCAAAUUCGUAUCAGACCUGAAGAUCGACACGCACAGCGUUUUUUGUGGCGGGAAGAUACAACCAGGAAACCGGAUGUUUUUCUUAUGGAUGUGGCAACAUUUGGCUCUAGUUGUUCACCGUGCAGCGCGCAAUAUAUCAAAAAUAAAAACGCCGAAGAAUACGCGGCUGAGUUUCCACGCGCUGCAGAGGCCGUGGUGAAGUGUCAUUACGUGGACGACUUGUUGGAUAGUUUUGACACCGAAGAAGAAGCCAUGCAAGUGGCAGCUGAAGUUAAACUUAUACAUAGCAGAGGCGGGUUUGACAUACGUGGUUGGCGUUCCAACUCUCCAGCAGUACUGCGACAUUUGGGAGAAACAGUUGUUCCGGCGGUUAAAAAUCUGGACUUAGAAAAGGGAGACGGCGCUGAAAGAGUACUCGGCAUGCUGUGGCUACCUACCGAAGACGAAUUGGCUUUCUCAACUCAAAUGCAGCAAGAUAUUUCAGAAAUUAUUGGCGAGGGCCGUCGACCAACCAAGCGACAGGUAUUACGAUGCGUUAUGUCAUUAUUCGACCCUCUUGGUUUGUUGGCUACAUACAUAAUUCACGGCAAGAUUUUAAUGCAAACGAUAUGGCGUUGCGGAACAGGCUGGGACCAAGAAAUUGGAGAUGAGGCAUUUGACUUAUGGAGAAAGUGGACCGACAAUUUAUGCCAUAUCGAUAAUAUUCGGCUUCCUCGAUGCUUCAUUGGCCGAACUCCUUCAGGAUCGAUACGCUCUAUUUAA